AUGAACCCCCGAACCCCGCAGUUCCGGGGAGGCCUGGGCCCGUAUCUGGAAGGGGCUGAGGGGGGGGGGGGGCUUUCGGCCUUGCCGAAGAGCAGGAGUAGCAGGUCCCGAGGGCGACGGAGGGAGGCCUUUGCGCCGCAGGGGUCUGGCGCGCGCAGCUGCCUGCGCCGCCGCUGUGCCCGGGCGGCCUCCCCGCCCCCCCCCGCGGCUAAGACUUGCGCCUUUCAGAUCCCGCCUCGGGACGCAGAAGCCGCCGCGGAGUGUUUUCUGCUGCUGUCUCCGCGGGCUGCUUCGAGCAAAGCCUUCAGCACCCCGCGGGGCCCGGCGCGUGGGCGCACUUGGUGGGGCCGAUGGCCGCGCGGGACGCCUCCGUCGAAGCGGCCCUCCCGCCGCGCCGGACUACAAUUCCCAUCAGCCGGCCCCAGCGCCGAGGGGAGGGCUUCCGCCCGUCUCUCUGCUUCUCCCAGGGCCGGGCUCGCCCCGCCCACCGCUUACUCUCCGUCACUUCCGCCAGCGGCAAAACGGGCUGGGAAGGAGCCGCGUAGCGGAUUGUCAGCCUGGGCGAGUCUAGGACCUGCGAGGGCCAUAGAGUCGCCUCGCGCAGGGGCCGUUGGGCCGCCCCCUAGCAACGCCUCGCGUGCCCCCAGCAACGGCGGACGCGGCGCGGCUCCCGUUGCUGCCUGCCUUGGGCCGUCCCUGCCUGCCUGUGCCUCCCUACCUGCCUCCGCCAUGGACUCCCCACGCCUGGCCCCCAUUGCCGCCCCCGGCGGCCCAGCCGCCGCCACCCCACCCUCCCCCCCGCCGGUCCUGCGCGGGAGGGAGGGAGGGAGAGCGGGCGGGCGGGCGAGCGAGCCUGGGGCAAGUGACCCCCAGCAGCCCCCUUGGCUCGGCCGCCGGGUCCGAGAGGUCUCGGGGCUCCCUGGCCGAGUGGUUAAGAGCCCCCCCGGAAAAAACGCCCCCAGGGCUGCCGAAAUGAACGCCCCGCCUGGCGGCCGCCUGGCCGUUCCUUGCAAAGGCGCCCCCUCCCGCCCCCCCGUGGACAAAGGCAAGGCCGCGGGGCUGCCCCUGGCAUGUCUGGCUGGCCUGGGGAGGGGGCGCGAUUGCCAGGGCUGCGGGGCUCUUGCCGCGAGCGCCGCCGUGCCCGGGGGCGCGGAGCAGCCCGUGACACUCCUCGGUGCGCGGCGGCCCUCUGCUCAUGCCCGUGGCGACUCUUGCCCGGGUCUAGAGGGAGGCGGGGGCUGUUCCGAGGCGGUGCUGUUGCAGGCGGCCCCGCCCUGUCUUCCCUCCGCAGGCGCCGCCGCUCCCAGACGCCCCCCGGAGGAGGAGGACCCCCACCCUUGGGCCCGCGCCCUCCGCCAGCGCCUCGCUGCCCAGCUGCGAGAGGUCGGGCACGCCGAAGCCGGGCACGUGGCGGCCCUCGCGGCGGAGCUGGCCGCCGUCUUCCAGGCGGUGCUGCGGCAGAGCAGCCGACGCGCCUGGCUGCGCCUGAUGGAGGCGCUGCGCUUGAUCGGCCCCUUCCAGCAGCUGUUGUCCGGACGGGCCGAGCUGGCGCCCUACCUGGAGGGCCUCUAUUACCAGUUCCGCAGCAGCCAGGCCUUGGUCUCUGACUUGGAUGUUCUGGGGGCCGUUUGGCGGUCCUUCCCCGAAGACUGCUCCGUGCUGUGGGCCGCUCCUAGGACCUCCUGCCCCCGCGAUCCUGCUGAUCCAGCCAAGCUACUGCCCUCCAGCCGUGAGCCAGUGUUCGCAGGCCUGCCCUGCCCUUUUGCUACUGACUGGGAGGCGGCUGGGAUCUCCGGUAUGCUGAAGCCGGCACCCGUGUCCCUCCAAGAGCUGCAGAGAUGUGUGGGACCCGUAGGCAGCGAGUUGGCUCGAGAGGAGACCCCCUGGGCCAACAGCUUGGGUCUCAUGCCACUGACUCUAGCUGCAGACGUGCCAACGGAGUACCCCUGUGCAGAGCCAAGCAUCACUGCUGGACCUUCCUUGGAGUCAGACAAAGAAACCCUCAGGACAACUCCAGCGCCCAAGAAGACAGCACCAGCAGUAGCAAAAGACAAGGAACCACCCAUGACGGGUCUCCAGGCUGCUGAGGUCUUUGCAAAGAACCGGCACUUGGGGGAAAUCAGUUUCCUGUACCUCAAUGUGGCCCACAGCCGGCACUUCAGGCCGUAUGACCUGGUGGCUGUUCCCAAGCAUCUGAUCAACCCCCAGCACUACGUCUUUUCACCCUAUGGGGUGCUUCAAGUACACCCCAAGGAGGGGUCCGAGGCUCUUUCCCUGGGUGACUGGCAUCGCGAAGCCGUGCUGUGGCAGCUGAUGCAAUAUAUCCCCUUCUUCCGACUUUUCUUGGUCCGCAAAGCCUUUGUCCGCUGGUGCUUCAAUGUCAAACACUUGCAACGCUUGAAAGGGCGGCAGACGCUGCGCCUGCAACUGCUCCAGGCCGUGCCUCACUUUGGAGCCGCUCUUCUCCACAUUUCCAGGCUCCUGCAGGAGCUGCGAUCCAUCCACUGGCUGCCAACCGACGACUCCAAGUGUUACAGCUUCCCUGAGCUAAAACGGGCCCUGGACAAGGAGAGCAGCCAUGCCCAAGGGCUGCUCAGCAGGUUCCUCGCCCUCUGCACUUCUAUCAUGGAGCUGGUGCGGGAUGACACAUACAAGAUGGUGCAUGGGCUGCAAAUGCAAGUGCAAAGCUACAAGCUGUAUCUCACCAACGAAUCCCUGUACCACCAGCGGAUGCAAUACGAGGGGCUGCAGCGCCAAUUGCAGGAGGCCGAAUCCUGGCUGCAGAGGCUGGGCUUCCUGGCCCUUCUGGUGAACUUCCUCAUCUGCCAGACCCUGGUCUCUGCUAUGCAGGAGGAUGUCACAGCCUUUGUCCAUCGCACCAUGAAGGCUGAUGGCACCAGCCGGAAAGCGGUCCUCGGGGUGCACCUGGUGUUUGGUCCUGACAGCCAGCUUAUGCUCUUCCCCUCCCAGAAGGAGCUGGAGGACUGCUUAUUAGGGGCUGUGACUACAGUGGUGGAGUCCGUCCUGCAGACAACCCGGAUCAGAAGUAGAAGUGAGAGGCUAGAGAACCAGGAGUGCCUACAGAGUGUGACGCCUGAGCAACGUACAGCCCAAACCAGGGCUCUUGAUGUGGCAGGGGCUGCCGACAGCCCUGGCCAGGGCUCCUCAGAGCAGCUCCAGUGGUUGCCCACGACAGUGCUGUGCAAGGAGGAGCCCCAGCUGGUACACCGGCUCAACCUGAAGGCCUUUGGUGGCCUGGAAGUGGUUGGCCACCGGCUGAGGGGCGAGUACCCCUUGCUGUCACGUGAGCAGCUGGCCAAGGACCUGCAGUCCGACAGCAUCAUCCAGAAGGCCAUGGCCCUGCAGCAGUCCCUCCUCACGGCUGCGCUGAUGGAGACCCAGCUUCUGUGCCGAGAAUACGCCUGGCUGGGUCAGAUCUACGACUUUGUGCACAGCUGGAGCGCCAGCCAGCUGAAGAGCAUGAAGGGCUGGCCGGCCGAGGAGUACGUGAACCAAAUCCUCAAGCUGCGCACGUGGGUGAACCAGGUCGAGAACGUGCCAAGUGUUGUCAUCACAUACAACCGCCUCCUCUUUGUGGACUGCAGUGGCAUCCAUCAGGACAUUUUGCCCUUGUUGGACGCCAUCCAUGAGGACAUCCUGUCUCUGUUGCUGAGCGAGACCACGCAGCGCAGUGAGUCGUUGAUUGCCGAGCUGGCCGGCAUCUUGCAGCUAUAUAUGAAUGUUGGCACGGACAUCUUCACCAUUGCCAAGUGCUCCCAGAAGCUGGAGCAGUACCAGGGCCAGAUGGCGGAGCUGCAGGAGUACGUGGACUACGUGCGGGCCCUCAACGAGGUGAUCCAGCAGUGCUUCCGCCCUCUUAGCCCCAGUGAGGAGUGCCUGGAGAACACGCUCCUGGACACCUGGGACGCCUUUGUGUACCAGCAGCGGGAGGUCUCUGACUUCAUUGUCUCCCGACGCCUCAGCAUCAUUGCUGAGCUCAGCAGCUCUCUUCAGAAAGCCAUCCGGGAGCUGCAGGAGCUGCUGGCCACGGUCACGGUGGGGUACUUCCAGGACCCCGCCCAGAACCCCCGGGCCAUGGAGAAUGAGCUGCACGAGCUCUUCAACCGCUUCCAGGCCACGGUGGCGCGGGUGACCGACCUCUGCCGCUCCCAGCGGAUCCUCACAGGGGAGUGUAUGGAUGUCUCCUUCGUCACUGGGAAGCAGGGGGUCAUCGAGCUUCACGCGCGCAUCUGGCAGCUCUUCCGCAUCGUCUCCGAGCAGGUCACCGAGUGGAAGUGCCUGGCUUUCGUCAAGUUCAGCACCACUCUGGCCAUGGAGAAGACGGAGGAGUGGCAAAAGGAAGUGAUCGCCAUCGAGCACUGCCUGUCCAGCAGCCACCCCGUCCUGCAGGCCUGCUUGAGGGCCAUCGCCAACUUCCAGAAGUACCUCCCCUUGCUCCUGAACCUCGGCAGCCCUUUGGUCAAGCUCAGCUGCUGGAAGGAGAUCUUUGCUGUGAUGGGUGUCAAGUGCCCCUUCAACAUGCAGUUCACACUGGGCCAGCUGCUGUCCUACCCACUGCUGGAGCACAGUGACGCCAUCCUUCGGGUCUGCGCCUGUGAGAAGAGCCGCCAGUGCGCCAGGGACACUGUGCACCGCCUGCAGAGGGCCUGGGCCGAGAAGCAGUUCCGCCUGGUCAAUUUCAUUCUCAACGUGCCGUACCAGGAGCCGCAGACGGAGCGCUUCCGCCGCCCAGCAAGCGGUCGGCAGCGGCCGGCCAAGCUGGAGUACAUCUCCAAGGACAGCGGCACCUACGUGUUGUCAGACACGGCAGAACUGAAGGCCAGCGUGGAACACAGCAUCGUAACCCUCCAGAACAUGAUCCUGUCCCCCUUCUCCUCAGACAUCCAGGAGGAGGCUAAGAGCUGGGUGUCCACCCUGCGUGCCUUUGAAUCCCUUCUGGAUGCCUGGGUCAAUUUCCAGCAGAAAUGGGUUUUCCUGAACAUCGUUCUCUACGAGAUGAACAUUAGUCUUCCCAGCGCUGAGCUGGAUUCCCGGUUCCAGCGGGUGGACGCCCACUUCCGUGAGUUCAUGCACGUGACCUGCAAUGACCCCCUGGUGCUGUCCAGCGUGAGGCUGGUGCCGGGCUCCAGCCGCGAGAGCCGCUUCAUCGGGGGCACCUUACAAGCUGCCUUCGUGGAUGGCUCCGGAGACCUGCAGGUCAUCGUCCGGGCCCUGGACUACGUGCUGGAGGCCACGCGCAUGAGCUUCCCCCGCCUUUUCUUCCUCAGCAACGAGGAGCUGGUGGCCUUGCUGGCCACAGCCUCCGAGCCCGCUGAUGCCUCGGCGUGGUCGCAGCGCUGCUUCCCCGGGGUGCGCCAGCUGCAGCUGCUGAUGCCCUCUGCUGUUCAGAACCGGGGCAUGUUCUCCGCUGAGAUCCCUGUGGUCCAGGUGACCGGCCUGGUGGGUGCCCACGGGGAGGCCGUGAGGCUGUGCAGCGUGGUCUCCCUCAGCCGAAAGGCCACGCAGUGGCUCUGCAUGCUGGAGCAGCGCAUGAAGGAGUCCGUCUUCAACCUGACGCAGGACUGCGUGGCCCGCCGGCUGGCCCUGCGGCCACAGCUGGACCUCGCCUUUGAGCGGCAGCCCGGCCCCACGGAGCUGCCGCUUCACCUGGUGGCCGAGUGCUGGGCGAUGCUGGGCAACAGCUUCCCCAACCAGUGUGUGCUGCUGGCGGAGGAGGCGCUGUGGCGCGUGGCCGUGGAUGAGGCCCUGGUGGAGCCUGGCUGCUGGCCGGGGCUGGAGCUCAAGGUGAGCCUCAAGCUGGGAGCCCUGGCCCACUACGUCCGCAACUACCGCAGCGUCCGCGCCUGGGACCCGGACAGCGAUUCGCUGGGCAUGCUGCUGGGGGCCCUGAUCGUCCUCACGGUCCAGCAGCGGGACACCCUCUCCCAGCUGGCGGAGGGCAAGGUGAGCUCCCCACGGGCCUUUGCGUGGGCCCGGCGUCUCAAGUACCGCGUGGCCCUGAGCCCGGAGAAAGGCCAGGCGGUGGGGCUCCCUCCGAGCAGCCCCUGGGUGGGCAGCACCCCCGGCUGCUGGGCGGACGUCCUCGACUGCCGCCUCCCCUAUGACUACGAGUACCUGGGGCCCAGCCUGCGCCUGCUGGGCAGCCCGUUGCUGGACCGCACCUACCUGGGGAUGCUGCUGGCCCUGGACGAGUUCCGCUGCAGCGGGCUGCUGGGCUGCCCAGACGUGGGCAAGUCCCACACCGUGCAGGGCCUGGCCCAGGCGCUGGGCCGCCAGCUGGUCACCCUGCACUGCACCGCGCAGAUGUCCAUCAGCUGCCUCUCCCGCCACCUCUGCGGGGCCGUGCACGCGGGCGCCCUGCUGCUGCUGGAGUCGGCCGAGCGGCUGGAGCCCGCGGUGCUCUCCGCCUUCAGCCAGCGCCUCCUGGACCUGCAGAGCAUGUGCCUGAGCCUGCACCAGAGCAGGGAGGCGGCCGCAGGCCUCUCCUCCGCCACCGCCUCCCCUGCCAGCCAGGACUCGGAGGGCUCGGCGAGCUCCGAGGAGGGCGAGGGGCCGCCUGCAAUCCCGUUGCCGGAGCUGGGCACAGACGAAGCCGAGCCGUACCAGCCGCGGGUCCUGGGCAACAUCCUCUUUGGGGGCCGGCUGCUGCGCGUGCGGGAGACCUAUGGCUGCGUGGCCACCCUGGAGCGCCUCCCCGAGCCCCUGUGCCUGGCCCUCCGCCCGUUGGCCGUGCUGCCCCCUGACCUCACCCGGCUCGCCGAGGUCACCCUGUUAGCAGCGGGCUUCCGGGAGGCGGCACGCCUGGCGGAGAAGCUGUGCGCCUUCUUGCGCCUCGAGGGGGAGCUGAGCCCCGGCCCCCGCCGUAGCCGCCCGACCCUCGUCCGGGAGGUGAUCAGGCUGGCCGUCCGCAUCCUGUUUAGCCCCCCAGCCAGGCGAGACACCCUGACGGCCAAGGCCAAGCCCUCCACCCGGACCACCUUCCUCUUGGGCUUGGAGGAAGAGCCGGCCAUGGUCAAGGCUCUCUCCGCCUCCCCUUUGCUCAGCGGCCCUGACUGCCCCCAGCUCCACAACGUGCGCGAGCUGCUGCGCGAGGUCUUCCCCAGCGCCUGCUCUCAGCCCUAUGAGCCUCAGGCGCCCCCGCGUCUCCAGGGGGCCCUGGUGACCCAGCUGCACGAGGACAAGCUCCAGGUGGACCCCGAGCUCCUCCGCCUCGCUGGCCAGCUUUCCCAGGCCCUGCUGGGCCCCCCCAGCAUCCUCCUCCUGGGGCCCUCUGGCAGCGGCAAGACCACUGCCUGGCAAACCCUGGCCAAGGCCCAGAGCAGGCUGGCAGCCAGCGAUGCGGUGCCCGGGGCGCACGGUCCUGGCGCCCCCCAGCCUACUCUCUUCCGCCCGGUCAGCACCGUCUGCCUGUGGCCCAACGGGCUGACCGUGGCUGAGUUUGUGGGCAGCCUGGAGGGCAGCCAAUGGCAGGACGGGGUCCUCUCCCGGCUCCUGCAGAGGGCGGCCAUGUCCACCUUAGCCGACGGGUCGAGUCAGGGGAGCAGGCAGCAGUGGCUGGUGCUGGACGGAGCCACGAGUGCCGAGUGGCUGGAACCGAUCUCCUCGCUCUUCAGCACCAGACCCUCCCUCAGCUUGCCCAACGGACAGAGGCUGCAGACCCCUGAGAACGUCAGGUUCCUCUUUGAAAUGCCGGAUGCUUCUGGGAUGCCCCCGUCCGUCUGCGCCCACUGUGCCCUGCUGUACUGCGGAGGCUCACAGCUCUGGCGGGUGCUGCUCUCCUCGGCGCUUGCCCACGUGUACCGCAAGUACAGCGUGACCCAGGAGAGCCUGGCCAUGUUGCACGAGCUGGCCGAGGAGCUCUUCCCGCCCACGCUGGCCUUCCUGCAGCAGCACUGCUGCUCCGUGCUGCUCCCCCACUCCCACCCGCAGAGCCCCAUGGCCCAGGGCGUGCAGGAGGUGACGGCCUUCACCAGGAUAUUCCAGGCCCUGCUGGAGCAAUACCUGCGCCGCGACAGGAUCAAGCACACGCCUGCUGCACCGGAGCAGACAGCAGAAGCCAAGGCCGCCUUAUUUGCCGCCCACUCCUCCAUCGCCCCCCACAGCCUGGAUGACUCGGUCCCUGCCCAUCACCACUUGCUUGCCCAGAGCAUCUUUGUCUUUGCCUACAUCUGGGGCUUUGGGAGCCAUCUCCAUCCCAGACACUGGCCUCCCUUUGACCGCUUUGUCCACCGGGCCCUGCACAACAGCCGGUUCUCCAUCCGGCUGCCUUCUGCGGCUUCUGCUUUUGACCUUCGCCCCCUGGCCGAGAACGGCACUCUGGAGCCUUUUGAUGGGCGGUACCUGUCCAGCCGGGUCAAGGGCAUCCCCGUGAGUUUCUCGGUCCUGCCACAGUACGAGCGCGUGCUUUUCGUGACGGACCUCCUGCUGGGCUCCGGUCAGCCCCUGCUCCUAGUGGGGGAGCCGGGCUGUGGGAAGUCCUCCUUUGCCGAGAUGCUGGUGCAGCCCAACCACUUCUACCAUCGGGUGUGUCUCACGCCCGCCCUCAGGGCCACGCAUCUGCGCCGCCUGUUGCACAAGAAGUCUCUCGGCACCGUGCGGGACAAGGGCCUCUUCCCCAUGGGCAAGGUUGCCCGGGGCACAGUCAGCAAAGGCCGCUGCCUCUUCUUGGUGGAGGACCUGCACUUGGCCUUGGUUGAUCCAGUCCGGGGUUCGAGCCCUGUGAUCGAGUCUCUCCGCCAGGCUCUGAGCCACCACCAGUUCUAUCACGCCGAGACCCUGGAGCUGCAGCACUGGCCCGCCGCGGGCUUCAACUGCUUUGGCACCCUCUCCGUGCCGCUGGCUGGCGCGCCGCCCCUCUGCCCCCGCUUCAGCAGGCUGCUCAGCAUCGUGGUGCUGCCCGUGGUGACCAGGGAGUCUCUGGUCAGCAUGCACAUCGGCAGCGUCUUAGCCUGGCUCGAGAAGUUCCCCCUGCUGACCCGGCACUGCGACUUGGCCUCUGCGCUCGUCCGGGCCACGGUCGACACCUACGAGGCCGCGAGGAGCCGGUUCCAGCCCUCUCCGGCCUGCUGCCUCUUCCGCUUCUCUCUGCACGACAUCCAGAAGGUGAUCAAGGGCCUGUUCGUGCUGCGGCCCCGGCCGGGCAUCCACCUCAGCAGCCCUCUGGAGGACCACAGCUCCAGGGCCUCCACCCGGCGCGCCUCCGGCCAGAGCAAGAUGGCCACGGGGACGGGCUACACCAUGGUGCUCAGCACCCGGCUGACCAUCCGCCUCUGGAUGCACGAGUGCCUGCGCGUCUUCGGCGACCCGCUGCGGGGCGAGCACCAGCGCGACCUCUGUGGGCAGAUGGUGCUGGAGAUCGCGACGGCCACCUUCUGCGCUAGGCGCCCCUUCCUGCGGGUGGUGGCCUCCCUGGGCGGGCAGACCUCCCACCUGCCCAGCAGGGGCCACAUCGCCUUCCGCCUGCCCAGCACCUCCAGCUUCUGUCUGGCUCCGGGCCUGGAGGACGAGGAGGUGGAGGAGGCGGAGCCCCGGGAAGAGGACCUGCUGGCCAUGCACGCUGAGCCUGACCUCCCAGACUGCUGCGAGGUGGACCGCCUGGACCCCUGGGAUCCGGUGGAGCAGGCCCCGGCCCUGUCCCUGAGCCCCCUGGAUCCCAGCCCUUACGACGACCCCUCCCUGGGGGAGCUGGAGAACGAGCCCCCUGCUGAGGCAGAACUGGAGGAGGUGGGAGUGGGCAAGAAGCGGAGCGGGGCCUUCCCGGAGGUGAACCCUGAGGCGCUGCGGGGGACGCACGCCCCCCGCGCCAGCCCCCACUCGCCUGCCUUCGUGAGGUUCAAGCGCCGCGCCUCCUCCAAGAAGGAGAGCGCUGGCCCGCUGCUGCCCUCCCACCUCCUGCUGCUGCCCAGUGAGGCGCCCAGAGACCUCGUCUUCAGCAAGGACCUGGGCCCGGACGCCUACGGCCCCAGCGCCUACAACCCCUACCAGGAGAAGCAGUGGAAGGCCUUGGAGGGCCAGCUGACUCGCUGGCUGCCCCCCGACUUCUUGCCCUGCUCAGAGGGCCUGAGGCACGUGGUGCGCCUGAGCCGCCUACUCUGUGGCCCGGACAGGCACGGGGCGCUCGUCUCCUUUGUCCGAUGCACAGGCCGUCAGGCCUUGGUGGCCUUGGCAGCCCGGGCCACUGCCUCCCUGCUCAUCGAGUUGCCCGCAACAGCCGACGAGGCCGAAGCCACGGCCCUGCUGCGCUUGGCCAGCUGGCAGGCCGGCAUUACGGGCAAGCGAGUGCUGCUGCUGGUGCACUCUGGCGUGAGCCUGGCCAGCUUGCACCUGGUGCUGGCGCUGAUGGCGGAGGGCACGUGCCCUGGCCUGUACAGCCCCGAGGAGUCGGUGUCCGUCAUCCAGGCCCUGCUGCAGGAGAACCAGAGCAUCAAGCGCACCAUGCGAGACGAUCUCAUUCUGCAGAGGUUCUUCCAGUUCGUGCGUUCCAACUUGCACGUGUUGCUUCUGCUGGGGGGGCCUUGCUCCCGGGCGCUGCCCCCCCUCCUCGCCACUGCCCUGGCCCAGAUGCUCUGCAGCCUGGAGAUCUACCAGCCCUGGAGCUACACGUGCCUGCUGAAGGUGGCCUUGAGGCACCUGAAGCACUACGGCAAGCGUUCCGCCCAGCUCACUCGAGAGCCAACAUCACUGCAUGCGAACAAGGACUUGCUGCGUCGCAUUGCCAAGGCUGCGGCCCUGAUCCACACCUCUGUCACUAACUACGCCACUUUCCUUGCGGCCCACCUGCCUCUCGUCAGCCCAAAGAGUCUUCUGGAUUUCCUUGACACCUUCGUAGUGGUGUUGAAUGUUCUGCAGGAGCAGAAUAACAAGCAAACUGAGCGGAUGAAGCUGGCGCUGCACAACAUGGGGGAAGUGAGCAAGAAGCAGCAAGAGCACACACGGGACGUGCAUUUCCUGCAGCAGAAGCUGGUCAGGAUUAAAGAGCAAGUGGCACACAACCAACGUGAGGUGGAGCGGGAACAGGAGGUACUGAAACAGCAGGAGGCAGAAUGCCAGCAGUACGAGGCCCACAUUGAUGCCCUCACCAAGGAGAGGGAUGAGUUGGAGAAGGGGAAAGAGCUGGCCAUGAAGAAGGUCAGCAAAGACUACCAGGCCGCGCUGGCAGUGCUGCGUGUGCAGGACAUUGAGGAGCUGCGCAGCUACCGCCAGCCCCCAAGCCCUGUGGUCCAGGUGACGGACAUCCUCUGCAUGAUGUUCCACCAGGAGCCCGGCUGGGAGAAUGCAAAGCUGCUCCUCGGCGGGGAGGACUUCUACCAGGAGCUGGUCUUCUACCCCAAAGACAACCUGCCCACCGAGCUCUUCAGGGCGCUGGGCCUGGCAGUGCAUGACAAGGCCUUCUCUGCGGCCACCAUAAGGAACGCCAGCCAAGCCGCUGCAGCCGUCUACCAGUGGAUCCUGGCUGUCUACUGGUACCAUUGGGCUCUGCGCGACUGGCAGCCAGCCAUCCUGCAGAUGCAGCAGUGUGAUGACCAGAUCAACUCAGAAAAGAUUAACCUGGGCGACCGGCGCCUACACGCCGAGUACCUGAGAAAUGCCACCCAGACCCGGAUCCGGGAGCUGACACUGAAGCAGGAGCGCCGGGAGAAGCUGCUGCAGCAGCUCACACAGUCCUUGCAGGCCAAAGAGGAAGCUACCACGGUGGAGAGCUCUGUGGCAGAACACAUGGUGAACUGGACCACGCUCACCAAGGGCCUGGAAUAUCGUCACAGCACCAUGCAUGGGGACGCCCUGCUCUGCGCAGGCGUCCUCUCGUACCUGGGCCCCUUCCCCCCGCCCCGGCGAGAGGAGCUCCUGGAGAAAUGGCAGGCGCUGUGUGCCGGGUUCCGGGUCUUUCUGGGCCCAGAUGACAUCGGCCGGAUCCUGCAGAAGGACUUGCCCUGUCCAGGCUCGGCCUCCUUCGGCCCCCCGCUGCUGGCUGUGCAGAAGCCCUUUGUCCUGAGCUCCUUGCUCAGCUCGACGCAAGAGCAGCGCCUCUGGGAUCGGGUCCACAAGCCGAAGGAUCCCGAGAGCCGACUGGUUGCCAUGAUCCUACACUCCAAGACCCACACGGGGGCCCACCGGUGGCCUCUCUUGGUGGACCCCGACCGGCAGGCCCUCGUCUGGCUGCUCAUGGCCCCAGCUGUAGAAAACGAGGAAUCCCAGGCCUACGUCCUCUCCGACCUUGUGCCGGACACGGUGGAGCAAGGGGGCUUUGACGAGAUUCCAGAAGACAAGCUCGAAAUCCUGUCCCUGACAGCCCCUGACCUGGACCAGAGCCUCCGGAAUGCGGCCAGCCAGGGCUCCCCCGUGCUGCUGACGGACUUUGAGAAGAACGUCCCCUGGUGCCUGGCCCUCCAGCAGCUGAUGCAGAAGGAGUCCUUUCGGGGAACUGAGGACACCGUUCUCCUCCCCCAGUCUGAGGAGAAAAAGGAGGAGGAGGAAGACAUCGAGGGCGAGGAGGGAAAUGAGAAGGUGCUGGUGCCCCCCUCCUUCCAGCUGUACCUGUGCACGGAACUACCGCUUGAGGCCUUGGCGGCAGAGAUCGACCACGUGCCUCUGAAGAGCCUGAAUGUGAUUGAUCUCAGCCUCAGCCAGGGGGCGCUGGAGGAUCUGCUGCUGGUGGAGGUGGUGCGUGCCGAACGCCGGGAGGGCUUGACGAACCUGCAGGCCUUGCACCUGGGGGUCCUGCAGCUGGAGGGCAAACUGGAGGCCACCGAGGAGGAGUUGGUGGCCCUCAUCUCCCAGCCGCAGCGGUCCCUCUUGGAGGAGGAGAACUUCUUGCCGAUGAUGCAGCUCCUGCAGACCCAGAUCCAAGCCCUGCGCGCCACCCACCGGCACAUGGUCUCCCAGUAUCAGGACCAGGCGGCGCUGUGUGACAAGUACCGGCAGGUGGCCCGCCUGGGCGUGGGGCUGCACCAAGGGCUGCAGCAGGUGUGCCGCCUCCACCCGCUCUACCGCUUCCCGACCGCCCUGUGCAUCCACCGCGUGCGGCAGGCCUUGCUCUCCGCCAAGCACCAGGAGUCCAGCAAACAGGAGUCGCUGGAGACCCGCCUCCUGGAGCUCAACAAAGCGGUGCUCCAGCAGCUGCUCACCCAGGCGCUGCCCUGCCUGCGGGAGGCGGACCGCCCCCUCUACACCUUCCUUGGGGCCCUGGCCACGCUGCGGGCGGCGGGGGACGUCAGUCCUCUGGAGUGGCUGGCCUUCUGCCAGGGCCUACGGGAGCCAGCGGCCAUGGCACUGCUGCGGCCGGAAGCCAGCGUGCCGCGGCCCGGCUGGGUGCGCGAGGAGGCCUGGCAGGAGUGCGCCUUGCUGGAGGCCCUGCCCGGCUUCCAGGGGCUGCUGGCCUCGCUGGCCUCGAAGGCGGCGCAGUGGCAGGAGUACUUCCGCUUGCCCUCCACCGUGGUCGGGCUGGCCUUGUGCCCCAGCCACACCCACCUCCGCCCUUUCCAGCGCGCCAUCCUGUGGCGGAUUUUGUGCCCCGGCGCCACGAGCAGCGUGAUGGCAGACCUCACGGCCUGCUUGCUGGGCUGGUCCCUCACCGAGGAGAUGACCGCCAUCCACCCCAGUGCCUACAGCCGUGCCAACAAGCCCGUCAUCUUCCUCACUCCCGCCGCCGAGUCGCCGGGCUCCGUUACUACGCACCCGCUUCUCUGGAUCCAGCAGAUGGCUGCCCAGCGGGGACGGGCGGGGAGAGUCGUGGUCAUCUCCUUCGGCACCCCAGAUGCGUCCCGGCGGGUGUGGAGGGCCCUGCCCCUCUGCACCAAGAAAGGCAAGUGGCUGGUGCUGAACAAUUGCCACCUGCAGGAGAGCUGGGACCCGGACGUGCUCACGCUUCUGGAGGCGGUGCUCAGCACGCAGGCAGGCGAGACCGAAGGGGGAGCCCUCGAGAUCCACCCCAAGUUCCGCCUCUGGCUCAUCACAGCCGCUGAUGCCCCGGACUCUGUGCCAGGGCUCGUGCACCGCAAUGCCACCACCCUCUUCUGCGAGAUGCCCAUGGAGCUGAAAAACAUCCUCGCGUACACCCACCGGCAGCUGCAAGGGCAGGCGCAGAACCUGGACACAGAGACGCAGCUGCCCCUGCUAGUCCUCUACGGAGUCAUGCUGUACAGGCAGGCCUACGCCCAGUGGAGCCAAGCCGCGGCCUACCUGUGGAGCCAUGGCGAAGUGCUGGCCGGACUCCGGGCCCAGGAGAAGCUGAGCCGGCUGACGGACAGCCCCAAGGAGGCCCUGCAGGAAUUGGCAGGGACGAUCCUCUACGGGGGCCACGUCCUGGACGAGGGAGACGCUCAGGCCGUGCAGAGCCUGUGCCAGCAAUGCCUGAGCCCGGCUUUCCGCCUGCAGCCCGGCAUUGGCCUCCAGAGCCUCCUGGCCCUCGUCGUCGGCUGCCCCAGCCCUGGGCUCUCGGAAGAGGAGGCAGCAGCUGCCACCCAGGCCCGGAUCGAGCAGCUGCCAAGCCCCAUGGAGCCGGCCUGGGUGGGCCUGUGCAGUGGGCUGCAGCGGGAAAUGCUGGCCUGCCGCAGCCGGGUGCUGUUCUCGGCCCUGCGGGCCUCCCAGGGCCUCUGGCAGCUUCAGGACCCCCCCGGCAGCCAGCAGCAGGAGGCCUUGGAGCAGCUGCUGCAGGAGGGGCUGCUGGUGGUGCAGGAGCUGCAGGAGCAGCUGGUGCAGUGCGGCUGGCAGGCGGGAGCCAGGAGCCUCCCGCCCCAGGGGCAGCCCCGGCUCAAGCCCCGGCCCCUGCAGCGCUUCCUCCUGGAGGAGGGGGGCAGCUUCCUGGCCCUGCUGAAGCAGGUGGGCAGGGACCUGUGCUGCGCCCAGGAGCGCCUGCAGGGGGCCUCCUGCCCCUCCCGCCGCUGCCUCGCCACCCUCCAGGACCUGCAGGGGGGCCGGCUGCCGCGCCCCUGGCUGGCCUACGCCCCCACCGGCCCCCAGAGCCCGCAGGCCUGGCUGGAGACCCUGCAGCGGCGGGGCCAGCUCUUGUGCUGCUACCUGAGCUCCAUCGGGGGGCCGCCGGUGGCCCAUUACCAGUUGGCCGCCUUCCACCGCCCGCGCCGCCUCUUCCUGGCCUUGCUGCAAGAGAAGGCCCGCGUCGAGAAGCAGGAGCUGGACCGCUACCAGCUGGAGCAGCAGGUGCUGCCCAGCGUGCUGCCCCCCAGCGGUGCGCCCGAGCAGGGCAUCUACCUGCAUGGCCUGGAGGUGCACAACGCCAUGUGGAACACGCGCCACGGCCACCUUCAGGAGACCCUCUCGGCCCAGCCCUGCAGGCUGCCCACCAUCUGGAUGCAGGCCAGCCGCCAGCCUUGGAAACCGGCCUCUGCCCUGGCCGUCUACCGGUGCCCGCUGUACCUGGGGGCGCCCGGCGAGCCAGUGUCCCUCAGCAGCAGCCGGGUCCUCCUGCACCUGGCCCUGCCCUCUAAGAUGUCCCCCGACCUGUGCGCCCAACGGCGAGUUCACGUCGUCAGCCUUUUGCAGUGAAAGAGAGCCAGAGGGGAAACCGAGGCCGCGCCGG